CACCGCACGACGCUCGCGUUUCCAUUUCCGGCUCACGCCCCCGAACCCACACCCUGUACCCCACCCACCCGCGGCGCCGGUUGCCCUCGAAACUCUCGGCGCUCUCCCGGGCGGCGCGCCGGAAACGCCCGAUUCGGACGCAUCUGGGCGCCGGGCUGCUCCACUUGUAGGAACCUCGAGCUGCAACUGCAAGGCUACCUUCAAUUAAUGUUAAUCAAAUGGAACAAGCUGAUGGUGCAGGUAGCAAGGAAGUAUCUAGUGGUCAUGCCUCUUACUUUGCCCACAUCACUGAGCAGCGAAACAACAAUGUAAAUUCAUCAUCAUUAACCUGGCGUUUAACACAAUGGCAACAUUAUGAUCCGACUUGUCAAAAUGCUUCUCAUCCGUAUCAACCAUCUGACGGCCAUACUUGUUCGUUGAGAAUCGGGUUAGACAGCCCUGGGGCAUCAAAUGUUCAGCAACAGUCAGCCAACCAGACGAUGACAAGCUCCACGGUUGAGCAUAUGCCUGAAAGUGGGCUCCAGUCAGAACAAAUUACCAUUGAGUUGAAUCGACUUCUUAUGUCGCUCAGUGAUCACACCUCUUCCUUUGCCCAAGUUGCUGAGCAGCGAAACGUUGAUGCAAAUUCAUCCUCAUUGACCCAAAGUGUAAGACAACAGCAAUAUUGUGAUCAGACUUGUCAAACUGCUGCUAGUCAGUAUCAGUCAUCUGGCGAGAAUAAUUGUCCAGUAAGAACUUGGUUAGACAGCCCUGGGGCAUCAAAUGAUCAGCGGCAGUCAACCAAUCAGACAACAACAGGCUCCAUUUCUGAACAAUAUAUGCUUGAAAGUGGGCUUCAAUCAGAUCCAUUUACAACUGAGUUGAGUCAACUGCUUAUGCUGCGUGAUCUGAUGACCAAGAGGCAUCUAUCUGAGCGACAAAAAUUAGUCUUGGAAUGCGAAAUGGUGAUGGCUGAAACUAAAAGGAAGUUUGAUGAGCAGUUCCAUAAUUUAGACAUGGACACACUGCAGAAGAAGAAGGAAAUUGAGAUACUCCAGGACAAAAUUUGCAAACAACAGAUAUUGGCUGAGACAUUUCAGGUUAUACACAAGGCUUCUACCGGAGUUGUUUCAUGCAGUCAAAGAGAAGUGCACCGCUGGAAUCCCACAUGGAGCCAAAGGGUGUGUUUGGCAUUCUUGCGGUGCACCCAAGAGAACCAUGGGAGAGCAUAACCAAUCAUCAGACCAGCAAGUUUCGCGGUUUCCUGCAUCAUCAACUAUUUACCAGUCACUGGAACUUGCUCCACAAUCAUGGAGAAACGACUUCCUUAAACAGCCUAGCAUGACUGCACAACAAGCUACGGCGACUUCUGGCAGAUCUGCUACUACCUUAACUCAUGCUCUGAGCAGUGUCAUGGGCACUGGAAUUACGUACCGUGCACCUGCACCUCAUCUCCGAGCCUUUGUAAAUCCGUUGCCAGCAUCUCGUCGUGGAGUUGCCAGCUCGGAAAAGUAGCCGUACCAUGAACUUCAGUUCUGUGUGUUUAGAAGUCGAGUUUCUUUUUGUAUCUUGCUCAGAGAGGAGUCGAUCUGACGUAGCGAGGAUUUCUUUGGUCUGUAUGCUUCUCUUGUUGGGUUAGCUAGACAUGUUCAUUAACUCAAAUUUGCGUUCUGGAAA